AAUUUACGCCCCUCGAUCAAAAUGAGCCAUUCUUUUCUGUCCUCCGCGGCUGCCCAUUGUCUGGCGUGAUAGAUUUGCAGAUUUGACAGCUGGGCGCACACAGAUUUGAUUCAAACUCGGUCUCCCCGAGAGAUGAACUUGGACAUCAGCAAAGAUCCCGAGCACUGCCGGCUGGCUCCUAGACCAGUCUCCGGACCCAGUGUAGACUUCGGUGCCCCGGGCGCCCCCCGGCGUGCGGGAAGGGGAGCGUGUGUCAGGGGUGGGGGGCGGGGGUUGAGCAGCACGACUGGGAACAGCGGUCCCAGGGGUUGGAGCGAAGGGCUGUGUACAUGUUAGGCUUUUUUUGUUGUUGUUAAUUUACUCUCGAAACAGCCAAGAUGGAGGUCAGCUUAUAAAUUUCCUAAAGCCAGGUCUGGCCGGGUUUAAAUGCAGUGGGCUGGGGGCUCCGCUUUUGUCUCCUUGUCGGAGCUCCAGGAGAGAGGUAGAGACUGCGUGUGCAUGUGUGCGUGUGAGUGUGAGUGUGCACGCGCUGGCGUGGACGAACGGGUGGGCGCAUCCCAGGAUCGCCGCUCCGGCGUCCUGGGUCUGAGUGUGUCUUGAACGCACCAAGUCUUGAAUCACAGCCACUAGUGACGUGGGGGAAAACUUUGUGUUCCGAAGAAGGGUCUGGCUCGAUUGCCCUAAGAAGAAAGAGCCCUUGUGCCCGUGUGUGUAUGUAUGUGUGUGUGUGUGUGUGAGAGAGAGACAGAGAGACAGAGAGAGAGAGAGAGAGACAGAGAGAGAGAGAGUGUGUGUGUGUCUGGCAGCACCCGCGGCCGGCUGCAGAACACUGCGUGUCCUGUGCGCGCGUGCGGGUCCGGCCGCGGGUCCCACCGCAAGCGGGCGUGUGCAGUUGCGGCUGCCUGGCGGGCGAGCUUAGGAGGGAGCUGGAGCUGCGGGGCGGCGGGAACGGGAGCAGGCCGAGGUCCUCUGGCCGGAAGAAAUCUGGCCUCGGAACACGCCAUUCUCCGCGCCGCUUCCAAUAACCACUAAUAUCCCUAACGAGCAUCCGAGUCGAGGGCUCUGCUCGGAAAUCGUCCUGGCCCAACUCGGCCCUUCGAGCUCUCGAAGAUUACCGCAUCUAUUUUUUUUUCUUUUUUUUCUUUUCCUAGCGCAGAUAAAGUGAGCCCGGAAAGGGAAGGAGGGGGCGGGGACACCAUUCCCCCGAAAGAAUAAAUAAGUAAAUAAACAAACUGGCUCUUCGCCGCAGCUGGACGCGGUCGGUUGAGUCCAGGUUGGGUCGGACCUGAACCCCUAAAAGCGGAACCGCCUCCCGCCCUCGCCAUCCCGGAGCUGAGUCGCCGGCGGUGGUGGCGGCUGCCAGACCCGGAGUUUCCUCUUUCACUGGAUGGAGCUGAACUUUGGGCGGCCAGAGCAGCACAGCUGUCCGGGGAUCGCUGCAUGCUGAGCUCCCUCGGCAAGACCCAGCGGCGGCUCGGGAUUUUUUUGGGGGGGUGGCGGGGACCAGCCCCGCGCCGGCACCAUGUUCCUGGCGACCCUGUACUUCGCGCUGCCGCUCUUGGACUUGCUCCUGUCGGCCGAAGUGAGCGGCGGAGACCGCCUGGAUUGCGUGAAAGCCAGUGAUCAGUGCCUGAAGGAGCAGAGCUGCAGCACCAAGUACCGCACGCUAAGGCAGUGCGUGGCGGGCAAGGAGACCAACUUCAGCCUGGCAUCCGGCCUGGAGGCCAAGGAUGAGUGCCGCAGCGCCAUGGAGGCCCUGAAGCAGAAGUCGCUCUACAACUGCCGCUGCAAGCGGGGUAUGAAGAAGGAGAAGAACUGCCUGCGCAUUUACUGGAGCAUGUACCAGAGCCUGCAGGGAAAUGAUCUGCUGGAGGAUUCCCCAUAUGAACCAGUUAACAGCAGAUUGUCAGAUAUAUUCCGGGUGGUCCCAUUCAUAUCAGUGGAGCACAUUCCCAAAGGGAACAACUGCCUGGAUGCAGCGAAGGCCUGCAACCUCGACGACAUUUGCAAGAAGUACAGAUCGGCGUACAUCACCCCGUGCACCACCAGCGUGUCCAAUGAUGUCUGCAACCGCCGCAAGUGCCACAAGGCCCUCCGGCAGUUCUUUGACAAGGUCCCGGCCAAGCACAGCUACGGAAUGCUCUUCUGCUCCUGCCGGGACAUCGCCUGCACAGAGCGGAGGCGACAGACCAUCGUGCCUGUGUGCUCCUAUGAAGAGAGGGAGAAGCCCAACUGUUUGAAUUUGCAGGACUCCUGCAAGACAAAUUACAUCUGCAGAUCUCGCCUUGCAGAUUUUUUUACCAACUGCCAGCCAGAGUCAAGGUCUGUCAGCAGCUGUCUAAAGGAAAACUACGCUGACUGCCUCCUCGCCUACUCGGGGCUUAUUGGCACAGUCAUGACCCCCAACUACAUAGACUCCAGUAGCCUCAGUGUGGCCCCAUGGUGUGACUGCAGCAACAGUGGGAACGACCUAGAAGAGUGCUUGAAAUUUUUGAAUUUCUUCAAGGACAAUACAUGUCUCAAAAAUGCAAUUCAAGCCUUUGGCAAUGGCUCCGAUGUGACCGUGUGGCAGCCAGCCUUCCCAGUACAGACCACCACUGCCACUACCACCACUGCCCUCCGGGUUAAGAACAAGCCCCUGGGGCCAGCAGGGUCUGAGAAUGAAAUUCCCACUCAUGUUUUGCCACCGUGUGCAAAUUUACAGGCACAGAAGCUGAAAUCCAAUGUGUCGGGCAAUACACACCUCUGUAUUUCCAAUGGUAAUUAUGAAAAAGAAGGUCUCGGUGCUUCCAGCCACAUAACCACAAAAUCAAUGGCUGCUCCUCCAAGCUGUGGUCUGAGCCCACUGCUGGUCCUGGUGGUAACCGCUCUGUCCACCCUAUUAUCUUUAUCUUUAACAGAAACAUCAUAGCUGCAUUAAAAAAAUACAAUAUGGACAUGUAAAAAGACAAAAACCAAGUUAUCUGUUUCCUGUUCUCUUGCAUAGCUGAAAUUCCAGUUUAAUUCCAGUUUAGGAGCUCAGUUGAGAAACAGUUCCAUUCAACUGGAACAUUUUUUUUUUUUUCCUUUUAAGAAAGCUUCUUGUGAUCCUUUGGGGCUUCUGUGAAAAACCUGAUGCAGUGCUCCAUUCCAAACUCAGAAGGCUUUGGGAUAUGCUGUAUUUUAAAGGGACAGUUUGUAACUGGCUGUAAAGCAAACUGGGGCUGUGUUUUCGAUGAUGAUGAUGACAAUGAUGGUGAUGAUGAUCAUGAUGAUUUUAACAGUUUUACUUCUGGCCUUUCCUAGCUAGAGAAGGAGUUAAUAUUUCUAAGGUAACUCCCAUAUCUCCUUUAAUGACAUUGAUUUCUAAUGAUAUAAAUUUCAGCCUACAUUGAUGCCAAGCUUUUUUGCCACAAAGAAGAUUCUUACCAAGAGUGGGCUUUGUGGAAACAGCUGGUACUGAUGUUCACCUUUAUAUAUGUACUAGCAUUUUCCACGCUGAUGUUUAUGUACUGUAAACAGUUCUGCACUCUUGUACAAAAGAAAAAAACACCUGUCACAUCCAAAUAUAGUAUCUGUCUUUUAGUCAACAUAGAGAGUGGGGAAUGAGUGUGCCGAUUCAAUACCUCAAUCCCUGAACGACACUCUCCUAAUCCUAAGCCUUACCUGAGUGAGAAGCCCUUUACCUAACAAGAGUCCAAUAUAGCUGAAAUGUCGCUCUAAUACUCUUUACACAUAUGAGGUUAUAUGUAGAAAAAAAUUUUACUACUAAAUGAUUUCAACUAUUGGCUUUCUAUAUUUUGAAAGUAAUGAUAUUGUCUCAUUUUUUUACUGAUGGUUUAAUACAAAAUACACACAGCUUGUUUCCCCUCAUAAGUAGUGUUCGCUCUGAUAUGAACUUCACAAAUACAGCUCGUCAAAAGCAGAUCUGAGAAGCCUCGUGCUGUAGCAGAAAGUUCUGCAUCAUGUGACUAUGGACAGGCAGGAGGAAACAGAACAGACAAGCAUUGUCUUUUGUCAUUGCUCGAAGUGCAAGCGUGCAUACCUGUGGAGGGAACUGGUGGCUGCUUGUAAAUGUUCUGCAGCAUCUCUUGACACUCUUGUCAUGACACAAUCCAGUACCUUGGUUUUCAGGUUAUCUGACAAAGGCAGCUUUGAUUGGGACAUGGAGGCAUGGGCAGGUUGUCCUUUCUUUGGAAGCACAUCCAUGCUGGGAUGCACAGUUCUUUUCCUAAGGAUUGUGUUUACUCCUGACUGCAAUGUCUUGGCCACUGUUUGGAGCAGUUUGGUCUGAAGGUCAUUAAGGAUCUGCUUGCAUCUUGUUUCAUGUCCUCCGUGACAGACUGCAGACCAUGUUAGAAGAGAAGGAAGGUUUGUGGAUCAAGAGGGUUGACAUUAGGUUUGGUGAGAUGAGUUGGUUGGCACAGAUCAGAACAGGACCCUGGUGAUAAGGCAUCUGGCUUUGCUAACCACAUAUCAUCUUCCAUUAUUCUCUUUCUUAACUAAGUAGACCCGAAAGUGCACUUUCGAAGUCUGGUUUAGAUGGUGAGAUUCCGAAUCUACAAUGAUCGAGUACUGGUGGCCACUUUUCCUCCAAUAUUAAGUAAAGAGGAGGAGAUUCCACCUUGAGAAAGUGCUGGGAAGCACUGGCUUUCUUCCCACAUUGGUAGAAGAGAUGGAGGAGGAAACCAGGGUGCACGUUUCUACAGAUCCCCUCUGCCUGCUGAUGUUUGCCUUGUAAGAUAAGUCACUGGGGGGAAGGGGAAAUCUAUGAAAUCCAAGAUAAAGGCAUAGUCUUUCAGCUCUUUUGGUGUUCAAAGUAUAUUUGUGUCCAAAUGUUAAUCAACACAAAUGUACAGUACUCAGUACUGACUUUUUUCACUUCAAAAUGUUUUCAAGGGAAAUUCAGCAGACACCCGACUGUAUUUAAUUAGUGAAAAGAUCUAUAAAGACUCUUACUUUGAAUAAACACAUUAAGUGUGUCAAAAUA